GUAAUAGACACACACAAAACUCAAUUUCCAAACAAGCCAAUUUCCUUUUAGAUUGUCCUUCAAUUUUUUAGAAUCUGUUUAUAAAUGGAACUGAGCACUCCAAAAAAAAAAUWAAUCAAUGUUUGAUUGUUGUGAAUGAACUCGCGAGAACCAGGCGUAAAGGUCGACACAAUGUCAAAAACCUGUAAACACCAGCUACUCUACGCAGGUGGAGACUCAAAUGAUAACUUUACAAGUUCCACGAGGUUAGAUUGGGUUUACAUUACAGCGGACAAUAAGGUUCACUACCAAAACAGCUGCGAGAUCCCCUCCAAGACCCUAAACGGUAUUUUCAGAAUGGAUGCUUUUGGUAAACAAGCCCUGGACUCCCACAACAAAUACCGCUCUAUGCACCAGGCCCCACCUUUAACCUGGUCAUCGGAGCUAGCUAGCGGCGCGCAGGCCUGGGCAAAUCASCUCGCCAAAUCAGGAACCUUUCAGCACGCACCUAGAGAUAAACGCGAAGGGMUUGGAGAGAAUAUUUACAUGAUGAUGGGUAARGCUGAGGUGACGGGAGAUGAUGCCACCGAUAGUUGGUAUUCAGAAGUCAAGAAAUAUGAUUUCAAGAAAAGUGGAUUUCAGAGUGGAAGCGGACAUUUCACUCAGGUAGUUUGGAAAGACAGCAAGGAGUUCGCCAUCGCCAAGGCAGGAAAAGGCAGCAAGGUGUUCGUGGUUGCUCGUUAUCGUCCAGCYGGGAAUUUUCUGUCAGCUUUCAACAACAACGUUUUCCCUAAGCAGUAGCACAAUUGAUAUGCGUAUAUAACUUACAUUAGGGUUGCAAAGUUGCUAACUUUCUUACACGUGUCAAUGUUUGCAUARCGCCGAAAUAAAUUCACUCCGAUAUUCUAAAAGCGCUAAUAUUUCUCAUGAUUUUCAGUCAUUUUUAUUAAAGCAAACGAAACUAACCUACAUCCGUGUUGGGAAAGUCAGUAAAAACACAGUAACAUUAUGAUUAAAUGCAUUAUCAAAUACAGCAGUUUUAUACAAGUCACAUGCAAUUAAAUCCCAUCAACAUAAAUUGAAAGAAGACUAGAUCUUUGUAAGAAUUAGGAAACAUGACAAGCGCCACCAAUGUCCAUAUAAAACCACUAGUAAAAAUAGUGUAAUGAUGUUUAUGUUAGGAAUUAAGAGAGAAAACUACAAGGAAUAAAUAUCCAACUAUGUCCGCUAUC